UGUGGGUGAGGUCCUUCUAUUUCCGUAUCUGGGAAAGAGCAGUGGUGUGUUUUCAGCGUCUGUCUUGAACGGUUAAAAAAAUGCAGGUUUGUAAACUUAUAUACAUUUUUCUAGCUAUAACUCAUCUUUCUGAUCGUAGUAAUAAAGGACAUAGCCGAUGUUUCGAGUCAUAGGAUUAUCUGUUCGCACGCCACCUUGAUUGGCACAUAACGUUAUCUAGCCCUUGAUCAUGACUCUCAGUUCCAUUAUACAUAAAUCAUUGGAGGAAGGUACAGGGACGUUUUGUUAAGAGCCCCAACGCUCAAUCUGAACAUUAACACGCGUCGCUUGCGGUACGGUUUUGGAAGCAUAAAGACCUUAUGUUUCAUAUCAGCAAUAAGUAAUUUUCAAAAAACUAAAGGUUACAUGAAUACACACCUUGUUAGUGUUCCCACAUGGCCAUGUUGCAGCGCUUGUUUAUGGAAGACAAGGGUCGACCACCUGUGAUAAUUAGCGAUCUAGCAUGCUCGACCACCUGUGUGUAAGCAUAACUCGGGAAGUGUAGUUUCGUCUGGAGGCAGCUAUAACUAUAUGGAUCUGUGCAAAACUGCUACAGUAAAAGUGAAUAAUUUUUAUUUGAAUGAUUUUUUUUCUCGCUGAUGAAAGAUAAGGGCAAUGUUUCGAAAGCCAUAUCGCCAGUGAUGAUUUACGUUUCUAAAAGUUAAAACAUAGUGUCGGGAUUGUAGUUGACAUGAGCCAGUCGGCGGCGAAGCUAAUGACUAAAAACUGUAGGGAGAAGGCAGAAUGCCUAGAGUUUGAGAGCUAAAUGUUAGCAAACUAGAUGGCUAAACAUUAGGUAAUGUUCGCUAGCAGUAAUACCAGAGGCCAGCUAUAUAGAUGGUUAAAAAAAAAAAAAAAAAAAAAUGUGGUAGUACUGAAUGGCAAUCCGUGAAGUUACAAUAAAACUCCAACACGAUCUCUUAUUUCUCAGGACCCUAAUGCAGAUACUGAGUGGAAUGACAUCCUGAGAAAGAAGGGGGUCCUUCCUCCCAAGGAGAAAACUCAGGAUGAGGUUGAGGAGGAAGCUCUAGAGAAGCAGAUACUUCUUCAGCAGGAAUCUGUUGGUAAGAGAUGGCUAGUUAUAGUUGGCUACCUCUAUGGGACUAAGUUUCUACUGAACUGAUCUAGGGGGGGGGGGGAAUAUGUUAUUCAUAACUAACAGGACAUAGUUUGGGAAGGCUGAUUCUUGGCCAACAUUUAAGAGCAACAUCUGUUAGUUGUUUUAAUAGCUUAAAUGGUACUUUUUCUGAAUUGCGAUGCCUAUGGUGUUUUGUGACCAGUGAAAACCUAUGAGAGCAUGACUCUGGACGAGCUGGAUGAGAACGAGGAUGACUUCAGUGAAGAGGACGAGGCCGCCAUCGAGAUGUACAGGUCAGUGAUCUCUUUAAAGCAUCACUUAGAUGGUACAUACAACAGGGGUUGAUAUGAAUGAACGGCUGUCCUAUUGCCUGGGGCAUGUGAGCUGAGCAAUCGGGCAAGUUGAGCCUGUACUGUGAUUGUUUGCCCCAUUGGGCAGGUGUUUUUCAGUAUCCUAAAACGGGUCUUUCUGAUUAGCCUACCUUUCUUUACACACUCUGCAUUUCCCUCUUACCAGACAGAAGAGGCUUGCGGAAUGGAAAGCCACCCAGAUAAAGAAUUGCUUCGGUGAAGUAGUGGAGAUCUCUGGGCAGGACUACAUCAAGGAGGUGAACAAAGCUGGAGAGGGAAUCUGGGUCGUGCUCCAUCUCUACAAACAGGGGUGAGUCUUCUGCCAUUCUCUACCCUCUCUCUCUCUCUAAGGAUUGCAAUAGCAGUUGAGCACACUGAUUCAUGCUCCCAAAAAGUGAUGUUGGAUUUUUGACAAGAUCUGAUGAAAACAUUGACAACCAAGACCUUAUUUGAAAAUCAUGAUACAAGGUUUUCAUUUAGCCUAAGCCUGAUUUUACACAGUGCUCUGAAUAGACCUAUCUGCCAAAGUAUCUGAUUUAACUAAUUUACUAAUUGUGACAUCUGUUCUCGCUAACAUGUCCUGCACUAAUCUGCUGUCCUCCCAGAGUACCUCUGUGUACCCUGAUAAACCAGCAUCUAUCAGAGCUGGCCAGGAAGUUCCCCCAGACCAAGUUCCUCAAGUCCAUCUCCACCACCUGCAUCCCCAACUACCCCGACCGCAACCUGCCCACCAUCUUUGUCUACCACGAGGGAGAGAUGAAAGCACAGUACAUCGGGCCUCUGGUCUUCGGAGGCAUGAACCUCAAAGUUGAAGGUAAUAGACAAUCUCCUUAGCUAUACUCUCAAGAAGGACAUUUUAUUUUUGUUUAUUUAUACUAAGUUAGGAUGCUAUUAGUUACAUGAAAUGAAAUCUCUAACAUAACACCCUCAGUUUUGUUUGUUAAUAUUUUAUGGGUGUCAAUCCUUUUAGAUAUUAAACUAUCCUUUAUCCUAUCAUCCUCAGAGCUGGAGUGGAGGUUAUCGGAAUCUGGCGCUGUCAAGACAGACCUGGAAGAAAACCCCAAGAAGCAGAUUGAAGACAAGCUAAUGUCGUCGAUUCGAUCCACUCUCCCCACACGGAAAGACAGUGACUCAGAAGAAGAGAACUAGCCCCCUAACUGCCAAAUAACAUUAAUCUAAUGCUCCACUAUCACGGAGUGGGGAUGGCUCUCUACUGUGGUGAUGCGUUAAAAUGCACACCUCUUCCUAUGCUUACCGCAGAGAGGCUCCAUCAGAGUACUAUGCCUUCCCGGUUGAAGGAUCUCGUGUUAAGUGAUCAUUCUCCUAAAUCAGAUCGGACUCUUCAACAGUGUUUCUACAGAACCUUUGGUUGAAGAUUGUCAUUUUUUAUUUUGCAUAUGCGUUUUAUAAUAUGACAAUAUAAAUAUAUACAAUUCUAAUUGUUAAAUUAAAUGUAAGUAGCCAUUCACCCAUGCCAUAAUCACGGUUGACAGUUUUUUAAUAAAGUGUUCGCUGUGAUCUGUGUAACCAUCACAUAAAGGACUCCUUUGGUGUA